UCCUGGCUGACGAUGAUCCCACCGCGACGGACUACGAGCAGUAAUAGGAUUACCUAUAGGAGGCUUUCGCUUUUAUGGGCUAGGAACUUGUUACAUAAAAUGUAUUACUUUUGUAAGCAGGAAAAAAGUUUUAAAACUAAACAGAAAGAAUUUGCCCUGGAGCUCUUUGCCCCCUCCAUGACUCUGCCUCCUGAACUACUCUCAUCGCGGUCUGGAACAGAGUCCUCCCAGGAAGCCUUGCCUUAGCGCUCCAAGCCUGGGUUAGGAACCCUUCUUCGGCCUUCCUACAGCGCCUUCCUACCUGCUUCGGCCCGCCCUGAAUUGUAAACCUUUGAAUCUCCAGCACCUGUUAGCGCCGUGCUGACAUUCAGUAAAAUGGUGGCGACAGACAAGGUUGCAGAAAAGCUGAGUUCUACUCUCUCAUGGGUGAAGAACACAGUAUCAUACACUGUCAGUCAGAUGGCAAGUCAGGUGGCAAGUCCAUCUGCUUCAUUACACACUACAUCCUCAUCCACCACACUGUCGACGCCAGCCCUUUCACCCUCCUCCCCAUCACAGUUGAGUCCAGAUGACUUAGAACUCCUGGCUAAACUGGAGGAACAAAAUAGAUUGUUAGAGACGGAUAGCAAGUCCUUAAAAUCUGUAAAUGGGUCAAGAAGAAACAGUGGAUCCUCUCUUGUAUCAAGUUCAUCAGCCUCCAGCAACCUCAGCCACCUUGAAGAAGAUUCUUGGAUACUUUGGGGAAGAAUUGUUAAUGAAUGGGAAGAUGUACGCAAAAAGAAGGAAAAGCAAGUUAAGGAACUUGUUCGUAAAGGGAUACCCCACCAUUUUAGAGCAAUAGUUUGGCAACUUUUAUGCAGUGCACAAAGCAUGCCAAUUAAGGAUCAGUAUUCAGAACUCCUGAAAAUGACUUCGCCUUGUGAAAAGUUGAUCCGAAGGGACAUUGCUAGAACUUACCCUGAACAUAAUUUUUUUAAGGAAAAAGAUAGCCUUGGACAGGAAGUUUUAUUUAAUGUAAUGAAGGCAUAUUCUUUAGUGGAUCGUGAGGUUGGUUACUGUCAAGGAAGUGCUUUUAUAGUUGGAUUGUUGCUUAUGCAGAUGCCAGAAGAAGAAGCUUUCUGUGUAUUUGUUAAAUUAAUGCAAGAUUAUAGGCUUCGUGAACUUUUUAAACCAAGUAUGGCAGAAUUGGGCCUUUGUAUGUACCAGUUUGAAUGCAUGAUACAGGAACAUCUUCCAGAGCUCUUUAUACAUUUUCAGUCUCAGAGUUUUCACACCUCAAUGUAUGCAUCAUCCUGGUUUCUGACUAUCUUUCUUACGACUUUUCCACUACCAAUUGCAACAAGAAUAUUUGAUAUCUUUAUGUCUGAGGGCUUAGAAAUAGUGUUUCGAGUGGGAUUAGCACUUCUUCAAAUGAAUCAGGCAGAACUGAUGCAACUGGACAUGGAAGGGAUGUUGCAGCACUUUCAGAAGGUCAUCCCCCAUCAGUUUGAUGGAGGUCCAGACAAGUUAAUCCAGGCAGCUUACCAAGUCAAGUAUAACUCAAAAAAAAUGAAAAAGCUUGAAAAGGAAUACACUACAAUAAAAACUAAAGAGAUGGAAGAGCAAGUUGAAAUUAAAAGGUUACGCACAGAAAAUAGACUUUUAAAACAGCGCAUUGAAACAUUAGAAAAGGAAAGUGCUUCCUUGGCAGAUAGAUUGAUACAGGGACAAGUGACAAGAGCCCAGGAGGCUGAGGAAAACUACCUCAUAAAACGGGAACUGGCCACCAUCAAACAGCAGAGUGAUGAGGCCAGUGCUAAACUGGAGCAGGCUGAGAAUACCAUCAGGAAGCUCCAGCACCAACAGCAAUGGCAUAAAUGCAGUUCCAACUACAAUGAAGAUUUUGUGCUCCAGCUAGAGAAGGAAUUGGUUCAAGCCCGUCUGAGCGAAGCCGAGUCUCAGUGUGCGCUGAAGGAGAUGCAGGAUAAAGUCCUGGAUUUAGAGAAGAGAAACAACUCCUUUCCUGAUGAGAAUAACAUUGCAAGGCUUCAGGAAGAACUCAUUGCUGUGAAACUGAGAGAAGCAGAAGCUAUUAUGGGUUUGAAAGAACUUAGACAACAAGUCAGAGAUUUAGAGGAGCACUGGCAGCGCCACUUAGCUCGUACAGCUGGAAGAUGGAAGGACCCACCUAAGAAACACGCUGUGAAUGAGUUACAAGAUGAACUGAUGACCAUUCGACUUAAAGAAGCAGAAACACAGGCAGAAAUAAGAGAAAUAAAACAAAGGAUGAUGGAAAUGGAAACGCAGAACCAGAUCAACAGUAACCAUCUUCGAAGAGCAGAACAAGAAGUGAUCAGUCUACAGGAGAAGGUGCAGUAUCUUUCUGCACAGAACAAAGGUCUACUUACUCAAUUAAGUGAAGCAAAGCGCAAACAAGCAGAGAUUGAAUGCAAGAACAAGGAAGAAGUGAUGGCUGUGAGACUGCGGGAAGCAGACAGCAUAGCUGCUGUGGCUGAACUACAGCAGCACAUUGCUGAGCUCGAAAUCCAGAAAGAAGAAGGAAAGCUUCAAGGACAGCUUAACAAGUCUGAUUCUAACCAGUAUAUUAGGGAACUGAAAGAUCAGAUAGCAGAGCUGAAUCAUGAGCUCAGGUGCCUAAAAGGCCAGAGGGGCUUCUCGGGCCAACCCCCUUUUGAUGGAAUCCACAUCGUCAACCAUUUGAUAGGAGAUGACGAAUCAUUCCAUUCCUCUGAUGAAGAUUUUAUAGAUAAUUCCUUACGGGAAAGCGGCAUUGGUUUUCCUUUGCACAGAAAAUCUGGCCCCAUGUCUUUGGACCCUGCCGUGGCAAGUGGUAGUGAAAGCGAAACUGAGGACAGUGUGGUGGAGACCAGAGAGAGCAAUCAAGUGGCUCGGAAGGACCAGCCCUCGAGGAAAAGAGAGUCGUACUCAACCACUGUCUGACCAUCACUGUGAACUAGACUGUGGAUUUUUUUAAGGGAUCAGUUAUAUAAUUAAGGGUUUUGGGGACAUAUCUGUUUCAUAUGUACAUAUAUAUAUUUUUUGAUCUUACCUGCCUUUUUAUCUUUGCCAAACCUUCACCACUGACUUAACCAUUGCCAUAAAGUAGACUGGAAUAUGGUUAACAUGAAAAAUAAGGUUCUAACAGUAUUACUGAAUAUUAAAUGGUUUUUUUGUGUAGGAAAUGCAAUUAUAUCUAUAUAUGGGAAUUAUUUUGAAGUUCAAAACUAUGGAAAAUUUAAUUUUCUUCAGACAAAACUGCUCUUGUGCAAUAUUUUAUGCUCAGUAAACAAAUCGGAUAUUUAUGUCUAUCGAUUUGUUUUCAGGGCAGCUGUCUACAAACAUUUGACCAAGACGUACAUCUGAUUUAUCUUGUCCUUUUGUGUUUGAGGGAUUUUUUUUCCACUGAAAUUACUGCUUUAUUAGAGGACCACUGAAAGUUCCCAAACAGUGUUUUUUUCCAUAUAAUUUUAUGAAUGCAAAUUAAUGGUUACCUUUCUUGAGAGUUUUAAGUUUUGUUUGAAUUAAUUUGUAUGUACGUAUGAUACUUCCAUAUAUUGCUUACUAGUCAGAGCAGUAAGUUAACUACAAAUAUAUUAUCUUUUGUACAUAAUUUAUAAAUAAGCAUCACCCAAUAUCGAACAUCAUUUUAUAUGGAGAUUGUACAUGUUGCAAAAUGACUGCCUUCAGCAUUCUAAUAGGACUUCUGUAAAUAAAAAGUUAAGAGAAAAUUGAAAAUAAAACCAAACACUAAUAUUUUAAUAGCUUUAGUAAUUUGCUUAGCAUUCAACACUGGCAAAUUCAUAACUGAUGCUUGUUCAAAAAUACUAUUGGUGAGAGCUUUUACUUCAUGUGUAUGUAACUAAUAAAUUGUCCAUGAUUCAAAAGGUUAUAGCACACAUUACUUAGUGCUGAUAUUCUACUUAAUAUAAAUUAAGCAAUGGACUUAAGCCCAAGAUACACAAUAAUAAUAUUUGCAAAUAAUCUUUGAACAUUAUCUUCAGAUUCUCUGAUUACUAAUGUAUAAAAGCCACAAUAAUUUUUUCCUACUGAUGCUUCCUUUUUUAUCAUCGAGACUAUUUUUCUUUGGAAAUUGAAUAUCAUUGGUAAGUUGGAGAAAACACCCAAGUUGCACUUACACCAUGGAAAAACAGCAAAGAACAUGUUGACUGGAUGCUUUCCACUCAUUUUCAUCAGCAGCCUUCGAGGAUAAGAUAGGGGAAGGUAGAGUUCAGCGUAUAUGGAGAUACAAUUUUGCACAAUAUUUUUGCAUGUAAGAAAAAAUAUGUAUAUUACAGAAUGGAGUAGAAGAGACAGAAAUAAUUUUCUGUCUACAACCAGGAGCCCUGGCUGGUGUGGCUCAGUCAGUUGGAGCAUCAUCCCAUCACCGAAGAGUGACAGGUGCCGUUCCCAGUCAGGGACAUGUACGUAGAUUGAUGGCUUGAUCCCUGGGCCAGGUGCGGGGUCCCAAGGAUCCCAGUCCAAGCACGUGUGAGACAAUCAAUCAAUGCUUCUCUCUCUUCCCUCCCCUCUCUCUAAAAGCAAUGAAAAAUAUGUCCUUGGGUGAGGACAAAAAUUUUUUAAAUAUAUAAAAAAUAAAACCAAGAGUUAAGCCUUACGUAUCUCCAUGGACAAGGCUUUUCCAGCAAGCCCUCUGUAGCUGUUUGAGAAGCAAGAUUGAGAACCUGCCUGCUGUGUCUGCAGCACCAGGUGUAGCGGUUAAGUAAUUUACCUGUGGUCACAUGUUAGUAAGUAGCAGAGCCAAGAUUUUAGUUCAGAUCUUUCUGACACCAAAGCAUUUGACAAAGUUCAGCUAACGAAUUUCUCAGUGCCCAUACUUUUGGACAAUUAAUGUGAUUUUAGUUAAGUUUAAAUCACAUUUCACAGCUUGUGAGUAUAGAUACUCUCCUAGAAUUGUCUGGUGCUUUGGGGGUUCUUUACGGUCAGCCCGGGAGGCUGCUGAUGCCCGAGUGAAGGGAGAUGAUUCGUGGUCAUGCGCCUGCUCUGACCCCACAUUGAGAAACCUGGGUGAUCUAGACCAGAGGUGAGCAACUACACACGUGAGCGGGUCCAGCCAGCUGCCUGUCUUUGUGUGACCCACAAGCUAAGAUUAUUUUUUACAUUUUCGAAUAGUUGAGGGAAAAAAUAUUUUGUCAUAUGAAAAUCACGUAGAAUUCAGAUUUCAAUGUUGAUAAAGUUUCACAUCAAUGUGUAUCCAUUAUGUUGUCUAUGGCUGCUUUUGUGUCACCGUGGCAAAGCUGAGUGGCCUAAAAUACCUGCUGUCUGGUUCUUUGGAGGAAAAGUUUGCUACCCUUGAUUUAAAUACUCUAAAAUGUAGGCUUACUUCUUUCAUUUGUCUCAGUGGAAGAUCAAACCAUUUGCUUUUGUGGUUGAGCUAAUAGUUUGGAAACUUAAAUUUCCUGGUGGAUCUUGUGCUCAGAACUAUUCAAAAUGGAAAGUGCGCCAGCUGCUCUCUGUCAUGAGGUCUUUGACACCAUACACAAAUCUGGGAGGGCAUCUGUACCUUCGGAAAGGGAGAAAGAAAGAAUUCCGGGAUCUUAUCACCUUCUUUAAAGUGUAUAUGAUUGAUCUUCAGGGCAUGCUUCAUUGAGGCAGUGUUAUAAUUUGACUUUAAAAGAAAGAAUAUCUUUCUAGAGUCAUGUUUUAAUUCUAAACUGUGAAAGAUUCUUAGAGAAUUUCAUAAGUACUGUUUAAUUAGGUAUUAAAAGAAUUAUGGUAACCAAACAUUAAUUCACUGAUACUCUUGUAAUUUGGACAGUGGAAAACAAGAAACAAUCGUCUCAUUCAACAUCUUUGAUUCAAAUACUCAGAAGAGUUUAAAGUCCUCCUGACCUUUAGGGUACAGUAGGAUAUUGUGCUCUGGUUGUAUUCCAUUUUAUUCAGAUUAAGACUUUGAGACAUUGGACAUUGUAUUCUCGAUAGAUUUUAAUUAGUCUGUGGUAUCUUGUGUCAUUUAAAUGUUAUUUAGUUAAACAGAGUUGAAUAUUGGAGCAGGGAGGAAGUGAAUGAAAUUUUUAAAAUUCAAAAUAAAAAACUUACUCCCUUGGGCUAGUCACCUGCCUGGUGCCAUUGCCACUGUGGGUUGAAAGGCCCAGAGGACAGGCUUACAGGUGAUCUGAAUACAAUGGAAAUUACACUGGGGUGAUGAAACAGUCCUUUUAGAUCAAGAAAAUACUUUUGACAGCCUUUUUAAAAAUUAGUGGUAAUUUUUCAUCCUGCACCAAGAAGUCAAAGAUGUGACUUUACACAAUUUCUACCCUUUUUAUUGAUAAAUCUUAGGCAUUCAAUAUUUGGUGACUAAUUGAGACAUCAUAUCUCAACUGACCGGCUAUUUUGGAAGGGGAAAAAACCAACUUUUUCUUGACUCAUGAUGCAACUCGUUACUGUCCAGACAGUGCCUUUGACUGAAAACAAGGUCUAGAGCAGGGGUGUCCCACCUGCAGCCCACAGGCCACGUGCAGCCCAGGGUGGCUAUGAAUGCAGCCCAACACAAAAUCGUAUAUUUAAGACAUUAUGGGAUUUUUUUGUGAUUAAGUGUCGCAAUGUACUUAACAUGAGGCCCAAGACGACUCUUCUUCCUCCAUUGUUGCGCAGAGAUGCCAAAAGGUUGGACACCCUGGUCUAGAGCUCUUUCAGUAUUUUAUUUUUGACAUUAGAAAUUAUUUGGUUCUUCAGUCUCCUUUAUCUUUUACAUAAUGCACCAUAAUUUCUGGACUUAAAUAAGAAAAGUGGAUGAAUUGUGUUUUGGUAAAGCCCUGCUGUGGUUGGCUUGAUUGUUGCAGGACCAGGUAUUGGCAGCUAGCAUUUCACAAAUCAGUGAUUUACUUUGUUAAAACAAUGAGCUUUAGCAAGAAAGUUAUUGCUGCUCUGUUAUUAGCAAAACAGUAAGUUUUUAAUUAAUUAAUUUUACUUUAAUUCAUUCUAUUGAAAUUUAAAUUUCUGGUUAAAAGUGGAAUGGAGACUAUAAUCCAAAUUUUUACAUCACAUCCAUCGAUCUACCUAUCCCCUCUCUUCUCUCCAAAGAAUAGAUGAUAGAGUAAUAUAUUAGGUAUCCAAUAAGAUGCAAAAUUAUGCUGUAUUUUGUUCUACUGUUGGAAUUUCUUAUUAUUGUACGAUAACCUAAAAUAUUUACUUGUGCCUUUACUUUAAACAAUUA